CUAUGUUUUUGUUGUAGGAGUGAUGGAUCAUUCAAGGUCACUGGCCUUCCCCCAGGAUCAUAUCUGAUUGAAGCUGUCUGUGCAAACUUCUUCUAUGAGCCUGUAAAAGUUGAUAUAAAUGCAAAGGGGAAAUUUCGAGCUCGCAAGGUAUUUCUCAUGCAGCCCUCUCAAGUUACCCAAGUCCCUUAUCCUCUGAAGCUGAAGGCAAAGAUGCCUUUGAAGUACUUCAUGGCUCGAGAACAAUGGAGGAUCACUGAUUUCCUCUUCAGUCCCAUGGUCAUAAUGAUGGUGAUUCCUCUCUUGUUUGUGAUGAUUCUACCCAAGCUUAUGAAUGAUCCAGAUACAAGAAAGGAAAUGGAGCAGCUUCAGAUGCCCAAGUAUGAAGUCCCUGAUCUGUCAGAGGUUAUGACGUCCUUCUUUGGUGAAUCUCUUGAUCUGAUUGCACCUCCAUUAAAACGAGGUUCUCAAGCAGAAUCAGUCAUGAGGAUGGGAGAUUUCCGAAUGAAUAGCAGUGGAUUCAGAAUAAGGAGCCGUAGCAAUUCUGGUGUUCGACUUGACCAGUAUCAAAGGAUUGUUUACAAGACUAUUCUUGCACAUCAGGAUCCUGUCACUGGACUUUUUCCAUCAAAACCAGGAGACUUCCAUAAGCAUGCAUGGGUGAGAGACAAUGUGUAUUCUAUUCUGGCUGUGUGGGGUCUGGCAAUGGCUUAUAGGAAGAAUGCUGACUUGGAUGAGGACAGAGCAAAGACUUAUGAACUGGAAAUGGCUUGUGUGAAAUUAAUGCGUGGGAUUCUGACAUCCAUGAUGCAGCAAAAAGACAAAGUUGAGAAAUUCAAAACAACCCAGAGUCCACAAGAUGCACUCCAUGCAAAGUAUAGCUGUACAACUGGAUUACCUGUGGUUAAGGAUCAUGAAUGGGGUCACCUCCAAAUUGAUGCCACAUCUCUCUUCCUACUCAUCCUGGCACAGAUGACUGCAUCUGGACUUCAAAUUGUCUUUAACUUGGAUGAAGUAGCCUUCAUUCAGAAUCUCAUCUUCUAUAUUGAAUCAGCCUAUUGCAUACCUGAUUAUGGCAUAUGGGAGCGAGGAGACAAGACGAACCAUGGUCUUCCUGAACUGAAUGCCAGCUCUAUAGGCAUAGCAAAGGCAGCUCUGGAAGCUAUGAACGAUCUUGAUCUGUUUGGAUCCAAAGGUGGUCCUGCUUCUGUAAUCCAUGUGUUAGCUGAUGAGGCCCAGAAAUGUCAAGCUGUCCUUCAGUCCAUGCUUCCACGUGAAUCCAACUCCAAAGAAGUGGACAGUGGCCUUCUGUCAGUGAUAGGUUUCCCAGCCUUUGCAGUGGAUGAUCCUGAUCUUAUCCACCUCACUCACAAGACCAUUCUUGACAAGUUGAUGGGUCGGUUUGGAUGUAAACGCUUCCUCAGAGAUGGUUACAAGACUUGUAAAGAGGAUCCCAGUCGACUGUACUAUGAACCAUGGGAAUUGAGGAUCUUUGAGAACAUAGAGAAUGAGUGGCCCUUGUUCCUUUGUUACCUUGUCAUCAACUGUUGGUUUCAGGGAGACACAGAAGCUGUUGAUGAAUAUAUGGACAUGCUGGAAAAGCUCCUGAUCCGUUCAGAGGAUGGGGUGAAGUUGGUCCCUGAGAUGUACAUGGUCCCAGCACAGUUUGUUGAUAAGGAAUAUCAGAAUCCUCACAGUCAAGAUCGAGUUCCUGUUGGCCGACUGCCUUACAUGUGGGCUCAGAGUCUCUACAUUCUUGGUUGCCUUCUCAGAGAU